AUGUUAUGGUGUGUAAAUUUCAAGGUAGAUAACGAGAUAUCUUCCGUUUGUAGUUUGGUGUAUAGAAAUGUACUGUUUGAUGAAAAUGUCCAGUUUGACGAUGUGAUGGUUACUGCACAAAUUCUUGCAAUGAAGCGCACUUUACCUGUACCGCCAACCCUCGGGGCAUGCAGUAUUGAACAAGAUAUUAACCCACGUCUGCAUCAUAUCUUGACAGGAUUCAGAAGGUGUGAACUGAACACGAUGUUGAAACCUUGUCGUCCAUACGUACUGAUCCGAAAGGUCGAGUUGCAACGUUAA